AUGCAUUUCUCCAACGUUAUCAUCUCUACUCUUGCCGCUCAGGCCCUCGCUCAGGACAACCAUGUCCCACGCGCUCGCCUUGGUCAAGUUGCUGCCCUGGUGGCUGCUGCCGCUCUUCCAGCCAGAGCACUCCCCGUCUUUGAUGCUACCCUUGAGACGCGAGAUCUUCAUCAUGAUGGCAUCAAGGCCAAGCGAGACGAUGAAGACGAAGACGAUGACGAGGAACCCAUUGAGGGACUUGUCGCCCGCCACCACCAAGCAGCCCACGGCAAGGCUGCUGCCAAGGCUACCAAUCACCACCACAAGAAUGGCAAGCGAGACGAAAUCGCUGAGGGGCUUGAAGUGCGAGACGUCGAGGAAGAAGACGAAGAAGACACCCAUGAGCUUACCACCAGGGAUGUUGAGGAAGACACUGAAGAGGAGGGUGGCGAGCUGGUAGCCCGGGCAAAGAAGGGAAGGAAAGGCAAGAAGGGUAAGAAGGGUAAGAAGGGCAAGAAGGGCAAGAAGGGUAAGAAGGGAAAGAAGGGUAAGAAGGCUGCCAAGAAGACUGGUAACAACGCCAACAAGAACGCCAACGCUGGUGCUACCAACGGAGCAGCCAAGACUGGUACCAAUACCAACACCAACACCAACACUGGUACUAACAAUGCCAACACUGGUACUGCCAAUGGAGCGGCUAAGACUGGUACUAACACUAACACCAACACUGCAACCAACAACAAUGCCAACACCGGUACUACCGCCAACAAGAACACUAACACCAACACUGGUGCUACUAGCGGAACAGCUAAGACUGGUACCAACACCAACGCCAAUACGAACACCAACAGCAACAGCAACACUCAAGCCAAGACUGGUACUACUGCCUAA